AUGUAUCAAUAAAUAAAAUAGAUACAAUAAAGAACAAAUAAUAAACUAUCAAUAAAUAAAUUGAAAUAGUCUUGCUAAUAAUAAUUUUAAGUUUCUCCUGAUAUUUUUAUACAUUUAAGGGUUGGGUCUAUUAGUGAACAUUAUAAAGUAGGAAAAAUAUUAGGAGAAGAUGAUUUUGGUUAAGUUUAUAAAGUAACACAUAAAACUACAGAUAAAGUAAUGACUAUGGAAACAUUAAAAAGAUAAUCUUUAAUAAAAUAAGAGGAAGAAUAAUUAUUUUCAGAAAUCAAAAUUUUAAAAAACUUAGAUCAUACAAAUAUUUUAAAAUUAAUAGAACUUUUUUAAGACAAUAAAAAUUAUUAUGUAAUAACAGAGUUUUGUUCAGGAGGUGAUCUAUUAGCAAAAAUAAUAUAUUUUAAGAUUUAUACUUAAAAAAUGGCAGCUGAUUUUAUCAAAUAAAUUCAUUCAUUUUUAGUUUAUUGUCAUGCAAAUAAUAUAUUACACAGAGAUUUUAAACCUGAGAAUUUACUUUUUGAUAACGAUUUUAGAAAUGCUAAUUUAAAAGUAACAUAUUUUGCAAACUCAAUAAUUCUAGAUAUAUCUAAAUAAAUUAAUUAUGUAUUUUUAAGCAAUUUGUAUUUUAUAUAUAUUUUAAAAUUUUUGAUUAUAAAAAGAAAAAAUUAUGAUGAGAAGUGUGAUAUAUGGAGUUGUGGAAUAAUUUUAUAUGUAAUUCUCUGUGGAUAUCCACCUUUUAACGUUAGAAAUAAAGAAGAAAUAUUAAUCAAAGUUAAAGCAGGGAAAUUAAAAUUUGAUCAAUAAGAUUGGGAUAAAAUAUCAAAUGAUGCAAAAAAUUUAAUUAUUAAAAUGCUCAAUUAUGAUCCUAAAAAACGUAUUUCAGCUUAAUUAGCUUUAAUCGAUUAAUGGGUUUAGAAAAAUGCAUAAUCUAUUCCUAUAAAUCAAAGGUGUUUUAAAAUUUAGAUAUGUUUUAUAGAAGUACAAAAAUAAAAUAGGCUAUUAAUAUAUUUAUUAUUAGUUAGAUAGUUAAUUAGAAAAAAAAUGAAGAAUUAUAAAUAUCGUUUAAGUCAUUAGAUAUAAAUGGGGAUGGAAUGUUGA